AUGACCUCCAAACUUCUUGUUCUCUCUAUUUUCGUCAUUCUCUUCGCCUCGACCGCAGCGCAAUGGGGUUAUGGGGGCUACCCCGGAAUGGGUGGUUAUGGCGGCUAUGGCGGCUACGGAAUGGGCUAUCCUGGAGGAUAUGGUGGUUAUGGAGGCUAUGGAGGCUUUGGACAAGGAGGCUAUGGUGGCUAUGGACCGGGAGGCUAUGGAGGCUUUGGACAAGGAGGCUAUGGUGGCUACGGACAAGGAGGAUACGGCGGAUACGGUGGCUACGGACGACAUCAUCAUCACCAUGGAAUGGGAGGCUAUGGCUAUGGAAAGAAAUAA